CUCCGCCCGGCUUCCCCGCGGGGAUGCUGCGGCUGGGCCGCGGGCUGAGGCGGCUCGGGUCGGGUCGCGGGGCUGGAGACUCCGGCCGGCUCCCUUUAAGUGCGGAGAUGCCCAAGAAAGCUGGUGCGACGAGCAAGGGUAAAAGCCAGACCGAGGAGCCAGAGACACCACUUCCUCCCUUAGGUCCUGUGGCAGUUGAUCCUAAAGGUUGUGUCACCGUAGCCAUCCAUGCCAAACCUGGUUCCAAACAAAACGCUGUAACAGACUUGACACCUGAAGCUGUGAGUGUGGCCAUUGCUGCGCCUCCGUCGGAAGGAGAGGCUAAUGCCGAGCUCUGUCGCUAUCUUUCCAAGGUCUUAGAACUCCGCAAGAGCGAUGUGGUUUUGGAGAAGGGUGGUAAAUCUCGUGAGAAAGUGGUGAAGCUUUUGGCCUCCACAACUCCAGAAGAGAUCUUGGAGAAAUUAAAGCAGCAAGUGGAAAAGAAAUAAAAGCCAGUUUUGAGAAAAACACAUCCUUGGAAAGCUUUUUUAUUGCUAUUGAUGGAGAGGCCGUUAAAUAAGAAAAUAUAUUUCAGUGCACAGAAGAACAUGGAAAAAAUACAUGUUUAACAACAGAACGCAAGAAAUAGGAAUUUAAAAGUACUCUACGUUCAAUAUAGGUUCUAAAAUCCCUGACCCCAGCUUGGAGUAUGUUACUCUGAUUUCGUGGCAUCACAAAAUAAGAGAGCUGGAAAAGUUGCUUAAGAUGACCUCACUCAGUCCGUUUCGUUCUGUGAUGGGGGUUCGGAUGUCCCGAAGUUGAGAGAGUUCUUCGGGAUCUCAUGGCGCAGGGUGGCAGCUGGAACCCGAUCCCUGGACUCCUGGUUGGAUGCGGUUCAUCGUGAUUGUGAAUUAAAGUGCUAUUUCUGCAGCCACCUCAGGGUUCCGAGGAUCGCCUUCAGGUCCAGCUCACAGGUGACAGAAGAAAACCUGUCACACUGCUUUGUGCUCUUAGUUUGUAUUUUAAAAGGUGUAUCUAAAUACGAAAAUGUUUUCUGUGUCUUUUUAAAACUCUGUGGAGCAUUUUGUGAAAAAGUAAACAAGAACAAUUAAGACUUGUAAUUUCGGGGAAGUCACUGACUUUUCGUCCUCUUUGGAUGCUAGCUGCAGUCUUCCAAUCUGGUAUUUCUGAAGACUCUCCAGAGAGCCUUAAGAGAGGAGGACCUGGCAGCUAUUCUCAGUAUUGGUAAAGGCCUGUCAGAAAUCAUAUGUAUAUUCAAGCUUCAAAAGCGAGUAAUAAAGAUCUUGUUUUUAAAUCUCCAA